UUUGCCGUUUUAACGUAUGUUUGGGGUGGCAUUGAACAGCCCAAGCUGAAGGAGGCAAACAUGGAUGAAUACUCGUGCGACUACGGGCUAGAUGCAAUCUGGAGAGACAUACCAAAGACAAUACGGGACGCCAUACAUGUGUGCGAAACUAUUGGGGAAAGAUAUCUCUGGGUCGACGCGCUCUGUAUCGUGCAGGAUUCUCCUCGAGAUGUCAAGACACAGAUAUUGCGAAUGCGCGAGAUCUACUCCGCCGCCAAAUUUACGAUUGCUGCAGUCUCAGCA